UUGUGGGAACUUUAGAAGUUGCAGGUCUUAUAUGGGAAUGGAGUUUUCCUUACCUACCCAAGAAGAUUGCAGUUCUUAAUAUGGGUUUUUCCCAGUCUACUCCAAGGUUAAGCUUUGAAUUACCCCAAGGGGAGAGGAGGGUGUGGGGGUGGGGGGAUCGUUGACAUUGAAUCCCAACUCCUAAUUCCGAAGGUGCGCACCGUGCGUAAUCCGUUGACCAUGGAUUCCCAAGAGAAUCCUGCGAGAAAAGCCUUUCCUUGAAAAGGGCAGGCAAAGCAAAGCUCACGCAGCGACGGAGAUGGUCAAUGCUAGAAGAGACACAGACUGAUUCAGUUCUCCAAAUACGAAGAACCUGAGCUGCUGUUGCUGCUGCUUCUUUGCCUGCUUUUGAUCUAUCUAUGAUUAAAAGGUUUGGGCUUUUUUGCUCUCUUAAUACAUAUCUUUGUAUCUUUCUUUGAUUAAAAGCUUCAGAUUUUCGAAGAUCGACUUCUAGCUUUGGUGAAACAGUUGUGGGUAAUUCCAAGAUCUAAAAAACCAUUUUUUGAAUCUAAAAAACCAAUUUUUUGGGGGGUUCAAAUCAAUUUACCUUCUAUGUAAAUCUGUUUCUGUCAUGAAUUACUAGAUUCUAUUCAGAUUUUUUAUUUCAUUGUUUCGUCGUCUCCGUUGACCUUGUUUCUCAACUACAAUUCCUUGAGCUUUCUACAAGUCUAAUAAUCUCAGUUUCAGUCCUACCUCUAAUGCUGUCCCUCAAUGUAAUUUGAAUUGCACGUUUGGUGUUUGUUUGUUUGUUUCAUCGGGUCCAAUCAUUUUAGGUUUCAGUGAAGUAUAACUAACUAAAGAUUCCCUGAGGUUUUCUGGUCUAAAUAAAUGAUGUUGGGUGUCUCGUUACCCUCCAGAUCCUGGAAUUUCCGGCCAGAGAACUGGGGACAGAGGGCUCUUUCUCUGAUUGGAAACCUCUUUUUCACAGUCUUUGUAUUUGGGGUCUUGAUAUUCACUAUCAUUGCUGCCACUUACCAACCUGAGGAUCCUCUGUUCCAUCCAUCAACCAAAAUAAACAACUUCCUCGAAUCAGUUUCCAAUGCCACCUUUGAAUCCGAUGAAACUGUUCUCAAGACUGGUGAGGAUUUCAUGCCUUCUAACCAAACUGCAUUUGCCACUUUCAUCAACAUCACUGAUGUUCCUGUCGCCAUUGAAAACCCACUUGAUUCUGAUUGUAAGGGUGAAAGUGAUAAACCAAUUGAUUGUACAGAUAGAGAAAUCUUUAAUCUGCUGAUGAAAGCAUCCAUAGAACAUUUCACGGAUGUCCACUUCUAUCGUUUUGGGAAACCUGUCCAUGGAUCGAAUGAGAGUACGUGUGAUAUGGCAUGGAGAUUUAGACCUAACCAUGGAAAAACUGUUGCUUUUUAUAAGGACUACCGUAGGUAUGUGAUUUCUAGGUCUGGAAACUGCAAUUACACUGUGAUUGGGAUUGGAGAUUACCAUUCUGGUGUGAAUGCUAAGAGAAGGAAGAAUAAUCAAAUAGAGGGGUUCGAGAAGAGGCCAAUGAAUGUUGCAGAGAUUCAAACUUCUUUGCCUGUGGUUGGAGAAGAAAUUAAUGAUAGCCUUCCCAUGGUUGAAUCUGAGAGUUCCUUUAGUCGUGGCAAGUACUUGAUUUACAGUGGUGGUGGAGAAAGAUGCAAGAGCAUGAGCCAUUACCUCUGGGGCUUGUUGUGUGCUUUGGGUGAAGCUCGAUAUUUGAAUCGCACUAUGGUUAUGGAUUUAACUAUAUGUUUGAAUUCAAUGCACACUUCUUCUCAUCAGAAUGAAGAAGGGAAAGAUUUCAGGUUUUACUUUGAUUUUGAGCAUUUGAAGAAUUCCGCAUCUGUAAUGGAACAGAAUCAAUUCUGGUCAGAUUGGGGGAAAUGGCAGAUUAAAGAUGGUUUGCGUCUUCUCCUUGUGGAGGAUUAUAGUGUCACACCAAUGAAGCUUGCCAAGAUACAGGACACUGUGAUUAUGAGGAAGUUUGGAAACGUUAAGCCAGAUAAUUACUGGUACAGAGUUUGCGAAGGAGAGACAGAGUCUGUUAUUCAACGUCCAUGGGACCUCGCCUGGAAAUCUAGACGGUUAAUGGCCAUAGCAACUGAGAUCGCCUCAAGGUUGGAUUGGGAUUUCGAUUCUGUUCAUGUUGUGAGAGGUGAGAAGGCAAAGAAUAAGGAACUCUGGCCAAAUUUAGCGGCUGAUACUUCACCUGAAGCCCUUAUUUCAUCUCUGAAGGAGAAGAUUGACAAUGGAAGGAAAGUUUUUAUUGCCACUAAUGAGCCUAAUACAUCUUUUUUCGAUCCUUUGAAGGACAAGUACUCAAUUCAUUUCCUUAACGAUUAUAAGGACCUUUGGGAUGAGAACAGCGAGUGGUAUGCAGAGACCAAAAAACUUAACAAUGGAGUUCCAGUUGAAUUUGAUGGUUACAUGAGGGUAUCAGUUGACACUGAGGUAUUUUUGAGGGGGAAGACGCAGAUCGAAACUUUCAAUGACCUGACAGGUGACUGCAAAGAUGGGAUCAAUACCUGCCGUGCAUCCACUUGAUUAUUAUCCUAUUAAUGCAUAAAAGCUUAAACUGAGAUUUUGAAGUUUUCACUUGAUACAAUAUUUGGGUUCUCCCCAUGAGUCAUUUAUCUACCAGUGGUGUUACUGUCCAUGCUGAGGUCAUGGUUAGGGGGUAUUAUUUGGGUUGGGGAAAAAUUCUCUCUAGUUAUUCUUGUACUCUGUAGGAAUCAAUUUAAUUGUGUUUCAUGACAUAGAAUCGAUCUUGUUUAGAUUUGAUUGCACAGUGGAAUGCUUCUCUCUCUGUCUU